CUCACAGUCAGAAGAAUGUUUACUGUUAGUCCUGCGAGUCAAAUCUUGGGCCAGACGAGCAACAGCGGAUCCCCGCACAACAAUUGAAACCGGACGAAUGCGUAACGCAACACGGUACUUCCACCAUGAAGUUUUGUAAGAAUCUGCAACGUGUAGUUGAUAUCUCAGACCCUGAGUGGGCUCCGUAUUGGACUAACUACAAAAUGCUGAAGAAAUUAAUCAAGGAGUUACCUUCCUUGGUACCGGGUGAGGAUACAACCGGAAGAGAGGCCGAAAAAAGGUCACGAGCGCCAUCUACCGAAGGGCCGAGGUCAGAUUCACCCGAGUCAUUCGACUCCUCGAUGAUUGCUUCGACUGGAUCUCAGCACCGUGGCGAUAGAACAACAGAAAAUGAAUCUCAUAUGACUUCAUUCGAACAGGAUGAUACAGAGGAAGGGACGAAUCCUCCUCAUGAGGCCGCGUAUAGAAAAGAAGAGCUCAAUCGUAGUCCUGGUGAAAUUGCUUUUUUUAAACUGUUGCACACUGAGUUUAAGAAAGCCACGUUCUUUUUUGACAAGGCUCAGCAAGAGUUUAUUAUUCGAGAAGAACGUGUUCAGGAAGGAAGCAAAAUUAUGGAACAACCGAAUUCUAUCAUGGUGAAUGAGAAAUGGUCCUUGUUGGCGAAGAGUAUAUACAGACUUUACAAGGAUUUACUCCUUUUCGAAACGUUUGCUAUCAUGACAUACUGCUCCUUUUCGAAGAUUCUAAAAAAGCAUGACAAAGUGACUGGUCAUCAGACUCGAAAAGCAUUUAUGGCAAACGUUGUGAAUAAGGCAAAUUUCACAAAUUAUCCAAGAGUUUUGGAGAUGAUUAGUCGGUGCGAGCAUUUGUACGAUGGAGUUUCAAAUCGUCUUUUACAAGAAGGAAAGGAAGGUCUGUAUGAAGAUGAACGCCUCUUUAUCAACAUGAUUGCUCGUUUAAACGAACAAGCCCUUGAUACUGCGGAAGGAGAAGGCGCACCGGAUCGAAAGUCUGGACGUCGUAGUCUUGCUCUUCCGGCCACAUAUCCACGAGUACAAGAGACCGCUGCAGUGUCAACGCUCCGCUCAUUGGUCGAAGAAAACGACCUACGGGCUUCGGCUGCACAUGUCUCCGAAGGUCACGUUGGUGAUGAUUCGGACGGCGAUUCGAAGCGUCCGGCAGAUGAGCCCUCAUCGCCGCCUUCGAAACGAAAAAAGGCUUUGAAAUAGCCCCCGGAGCUGGAAGAUCUUUUUGUCGCCAGUGGCUAUGCAGUGUGCAAUGCCUGCCAGUUCCCCGUUCCGCCCUUGAAACAAAGACAUAUGGAAGCAUGUUGUCUUUAUAUAGGUUUUGUAAAAUUAUUUCGUAGAAGUACUCC